AUGGUUCGAUUGUACAUUGUACCAGAUGUGCCCACUGAUUUCCCGUUUGCACCACAGACUCGGAAUGAGAUCAGGAAAAUACAAUGGUUCAACGUGUGGGAUCUUCCCACUGACCGGAAUGAUCAAUUCCAUAAAUUGGGAAUCCUGUCCAAUCAUAAUUUCUACACUGUUAUGCCAUUUGUGCAAGAUCUACAAAAAUAUAUUGUGCGAGAGCAAGAGAGGAGAGCACUUGCUGUACGUUCUGUUGUUUUCUGCUAA